AUGUCUUCAGAACCCAGGAAACGAACUAGGGUGGCGUGUGACACAUGCCGCAAGAAGAAAAUCCGCUGUGACGGUAAACCUCGUUGCCUGAACUGCGUCAUAGCCAAUGAAAAGGUGUGCCAUUAUGAGGAACGGCCUCCCAAGAAGACUCAAACUAGACGGAGGGGCCGAAUGUCCAAUGGCCGCAAUAUUGACUUCCUCAAUUCUCGUAUCCAGAGGCUCGAGAACGUUGUGUUGUCCCUUACUGAUAAAUUGGGAGGCGUGGACAAGUCCUCGAUGAACCUCAGGACCAAUCAUGAGAUCGGCCAGGACACUUCAAACACUGACGAUGAAGACGACACAAACUCUACUGACGAGUCCUCAGGCAGUGAAGACAUGACGACACAAUACGUUAUGAAUGGUGACUCAGCAGAGAAAUCUGAAAAGUCCAUAAACAUGAAGCUGAUGGAAUUGUACUUUGGUACUCAUUCAUUCCUCUCGAUAUUCUCCGCCAGUAGUCUAAAUUGGAUCAGUCAACAGUUGGGGCCAGAUCACCAGGAUUUGAUGACCCCUUUCACCAACAUGCCUCUUGUCUUUCAGGCAAAGGCCCGGCUGUUCUUGUCAAAAUGGAUAGAUCCAGUCUCUCUUGAUUCCAAAGGAAAAGCUAAGCUCUUGAACUGUCCGUUCUCGGAGGACUCGGUUUCUAUUAUGAAUUUGAUCGAUACCCAGUAUAAGUCUACAAACUUUUAUCAUUUCCUUGCAAGCUAUGAGGAGGUGAGAGCCAUGUUUGUGAGGUAUUACGCCCACAAAAACUCUUCUAGGCGCAUUUUCUCUGUUUCGCAGUUGCUCAAGAUGACAAUCGUCUUGUUGGCCAGUUUGGUGGGCAUGACCGAACACCUCUUGAGCCUGGUUACCUCGACCCCCUCAAGCACUUCCACCAAGAGUCUUCCUGAAUUCUUCACCAGUGAUAGAAUUACCCAAUUGCAAGAGGAGCUCUUGAACAAUGCUAUUCAGUACUAUUUGCGCAUUUGCGUAAUCAGUGAAGGUUUGGAGACCGUGGAGGCAUUGCUUCUAUUCUCGGUGUACCUUGAACGCAAUUGCAUAACCCCAGAAAUCGGAUACAUGAUACUUUCGCUGGCGGUUAGAUAUGCUCAGGACUUGGGUCUUCAUAGAAUCGAGACUUACGAAGAUAACAACGAGAUGAAUCUGUUGCGGUCUCGUAUUUGGGCCAUGUGCUGUUUCAUGGACAUGGAGUCAUGUUUCCGGAGUGGCAGGUCGCCUCUUAUUAAUUACAACGACGUGAGUCCGUCUUUAGAGACUCCAAAAUCUCUGCAAUUCCAUCGCGACAACAGAGACGAAUUACUUCACAAGAUCUUUAUUGGAAUUUUCCGAAUGCGGUUACAGAGUUACAACAGUUUAUUUUCUGCAAAAGCGAACUUAGACUCGUUUUCUGCGCUUCAGGAAAGUUUGGACUUCCUCAAUUCAGAGAUGCAGAAUGUGGCCAUAUUGAUGCCCCCAAACCACCAGGCUGUCUUCUACAACGAUCCUCGAUUCAAACCUUAUUUCAAUGUGCAUACUGAGGAAGAUGAGGUGAUACUUACUGUCUUGUUGAGCUACUUCACUCACAUGAUGGUGGUGAACAGGUUGCCUCUGAUGUUCAAUUUUCCACAUGUCAGCGAGAAUGUGUUGGAAGUGUACCGAGACCUCUCGCUCAACAGUGCUAGAACUGUGUUACAUUUGGUGAAAAACAUCAAUAGAGAGGAGUUGAACGAAUCUUUUGGCAUGUGGUGCAUGUUCUUCCCACUUUCUGCGUUUUUGAGCUUGCUGGCCGCAUGUAUGAAUCAGCCAAACUCUCCAGAUGCCAUCCAUGAUUUGAAUCUAAUGAUUGACAUAUCCCGCAAUUUCAUUGGCCGCAAAUCGAGCAGCAAAGCUCUUGGAUACUUUGCAAAGAUGGAGAUCUCCACUUUGUUGAAAGUUCUCUUUAAAAGUGUGUUGAAAAUAACCAUAACCAUCUUCGAGAAAAAGACUGGCGUGUGCAUUUUGGAAACCAACGAGAGUCUCAAGGAGCACCUUGACUUGCCUGCUCGGCUGUUCCCCGAGCUCUACAGUAAUCCUGAUGACUUCAAGGCUAGCUUGACUUCGUAUGCCUCAAGGAUUAAUGCCAAAUCUCCUUUUGCAGCCGAUACCAAGGGUUCUCGUGUGAACACCGCAUCAAGAGCCAAUUCUGUGCUCAGCCAAGACCACACUCUUAUUUUGCCUCUAAAAACAGGUAUGAACGAUUACGGUGGGUAUCUGGAUGGUGCCAUUAACCCAUAUGGAGACGAAAUGAUAAACGAGACAAACACGCAUUUCUACGAUGACAUGGACAGCCUUGUGAACUCACAAAUCAGUCAAUUUCCUAAUUUUUUCUUUGACAACAACAUUCAGUUCUAG